AUGGUACCAGGAGGCAAUUCCAAACCAGGUUCUUCGGUUGUGAAGGAUGACAAGCCAUGUGCGAUAUGCUCCAAGCCGGGGCAUCGAGCGCGCAACUGUGAGGAGUUUAAAAAGCUGUCUCUCCCGCAACGUCUUCGACUGGUGGAAACCCGGAAGUUUUGUGCCUUGUGUCUUUACAAUCACGGUAACACGCGAUGCCGGAACAAGUUCCAGUGCAAUGUAGCAGGUUGUAACGGCAAACAUCAUUACCUGUUGCAUCGAUCUGAUAUCGGGGAGGAAUCGAGCUGCAUGGUGCACCAUAAGAUAUCGACGUCUUUCGUUACAUUUCGCGUCAUACCGGUCUCACUGAUUAACGGGAACAAGCGUGUCGACACGUACGCUUUUCUCGAUGAGGGUUCAUCCAAAACGUUAUUGGAAAAAGACGUGGCAAUGAAGCUAGGACUUAAAGGAACCGUUAGGCCUCUAGAUUUGAAGUGGACAUCGGGGGUGACUCGAACCGAGAAGACAUCGAUGCGGGUUAAUUUGACCGUAGCUGGAAAAGGGUUGUCUGAACAGUAUCCAUUAAAAGACGUGCACACCAUCGGACAUUUGAAUUUGCCAAGACAGAGCACGAGUUUCGGAGAGGUGAUUCGUAAGUUCCAACAUCUGCAAGAUUUGUUCGUUGCUGAUUUCAAAAAUGCUGAACCGACAAUAUUGAUCGGGUUGGACAAUAUGGAUCUAAUAGCACCUAUCGAAUCAAGAAUUGGCAAAGCAGGUGAACCAGUUGGAUUGCAUUGCAAGCUGGGGUGGACGAUUUCCGGGCCAGGAUGCAAUGCGACAAGAGACGACUAUUGCGGAAUACAUCAGUGUGACGAAGUAAUGGAUCAAGUGUUGAAAAACUAUUUCACAAUGGAAGAAGCCGGGAUUAAUUGUCCAUAUCGUGUUGAAUCUGAUGAGGACCGAAGGGCUCGAAGCAUGUUGGAGACAACUACCGUUAGAAUAGGAGCUGGGUUUGAAACAGGUAUGCUGUGGAAACUAGACGAUAUAAAUCUUCCUGACAGCUACCAUAUGGCGUAUCGACGGCUUCAGGGCUUGGAGAAGCGAUUCAAGAGAGAAACGGACUUGCGAGAGAAAGUGUGGCAUGCAAUUGAGGACUUCAUCGAGAAGGGGUACGCUCACAAAGCAACAUCAGAAGAGAUCUCCAGAAUAGAGCCUGGCAAAGCGUGGUAUUUACCAUUGAAUGUGGUAACCAACACCAAGAAACCGGGAAAGAUUCGACUGACGUUGGACGCAGCAGCGAAGGCAGGUGGAAUAUCCCUCAAUGACAUGCUGCUCAAGGGCCCGGACAUGUUGGUUUCAUUGUUAGAAAUUCUGAACUGCUUUCGAGGUCGACGAAUAGGAUUUAGAGGAGACAUUAGAGAAAUGUUCUUGCAGAUCAAGAUGCGGGAGCCAGAUAAGCGAUUCCAAAAAUUUCUAUUUCGGCUGGACUCAUCCUGUACUCCUGAUAUCUAUGUGAUGGAUGUAGUCAUAUUUGGAGCCAAAUGCUCGCCAUGUAACGCUCAUUUCACAAAAGAUGCCAACGCUCGCGAACAUGCUGAUCAAUUUCCGGAUGCUGCAAAUGCAAUCAUCAAUCGGCACUAUGUCGAUGAUUAUUUUGACAGUGCAGAUACUGAAGAGGAGGCAAUUCAACGAGCAGUGGAUGUGCGUUAUGUUCACUCAUUGGGAGGAUUCGAAAUCCGCAAUUGGGUGAGCAAUUCACCUAAAGUACUUGCAGCAUUGGGAGAACACGGAAAGUCAACGAAAACGCUCAGCUAUGACAAAACAUUAGAAUCCGAACGUGUAUUGGGUUUGCUGUGGAAACCAGAAGAAGAUGUGUUCACCUUCACUAUGGGACUAAAUGACAAACUACUGCCGUAUCUCACCAACAGUAUCCGACCAACGAAGCGAAUUAUCCUGCAGUGUGUCAUGAGUUUUUUUGACCCAAUAGGAUUUCUCUCACCGCUGUUGAUUCACGGAAGAAUAAUAAUCCAGGAGACUUGGAGAAGUAGAACCGAAUGGGAUCAGUCUGUGACGGACGAACUCUUCGGGCGUUGGCUAGGUUGGACGAAGCUACUAUCAGACAUCGAGAAAGUUAGGAUUCCGCGUUGUUUCUUCGGUGACGAAUCGAUUAACGAUAUACGAGCAAUUCAAUUGCAUAUAUUCUCGGAUGCAGGCGAAGACGCUUAUGGUUGUGUAGCUUAUCUACGAUAUCUUGUGAGGGACGAAAUUCGAUGUGCGCUAGUUGGAUCUAAGGCUAAAGUAGCUCCACUGAAACUGACAUCAACACCUCGAUUGGAGCUACAAGCUGCGGUUAUUGGGGCAAGACUGAUGAAUGUUCUCAAGACAAGUCUUCCGGUUACAAUUCAAGAACAGUUUUUGUGGGUGGAUUCUACGACAGUUUUAUCAUGGAUACGCUCUGAUAGUCGUAAAUACAAACCGUAUGUGGCACACCGAGUUGCUGAAAUUCUGCACACGACAGACAUCGCUGCAUGGAGAUACGUCCCAUCAAGAAUGAACAUCGCAGACGAUUUAACUAAGUGGGGUUCUGGAACAACUGUAGAUCCGGAGUGUCGAUGGUUUCUAGGUCCACCAUUUUUACACGAACCCAUGGAAUCAUGGCCGGAGCAGCCCAAAACGAAAUUGUUGGUACCUGAUGAACUGAAGCCGUGCUACUUGUUCCAUCAUAUUGUCUUACCGGAAGCAAUCAUCGAUGUGACUCGAAUUUCAAAAUGGAAACAUGAUGGGCGGAAGGCGAUUAUUCCGGCUGUACACGUGGCGAUCCAGCAAGAAGAACUGUGUAAAGCGGAACAUCUGCUUUGGCGAAUGGCUCAGGCAGAUAAAUUUGCGGACGAAGUGAAGAUUCUGAAGAGAAAUAAGGACGUCGCAUGA